CUCAGGAUGACAUAUAAAUAAUGAAUUUGUUGCUAUUAUUUUCACUCAGUCACUGUUAUAUGUAUUUUUACGAGUAAUAAGGCGACACAUGACAGUAUUAAUAUAGUCAAAGGAAGUUUCUUCACUGUGAGUUACUGAGGUCAUUGAGAAUGUGUCAAGCGGGAUUCUGAUUUAAUUUUCUUGGAUUUUUCCCCUGAUACUUUUUCUUUACUACUCACAAUCAGUGUUUGUGAAAAAAAUGAAAAUAUAGCAUUAAUCGGUGAUAGAAGUGCAUUUAUAGGCCGCCAAAAUUAAAUAAAAAAUAUUUUGAAUUACAUUCUGGACUUAUUUUUCGGGCUUAAGUAGAAUUGCGCCUUCCUUCAUCAAUUAAAUAUUUACUUGGAAUACAGUUUAGAACGAUUACCAUGGAGAACAAAAUAAAAGCCAUUUUUGUUCUCGCAAGUUUAAGCAUUGUGUACACAAAACCAUUGACAAAUAAUGUGGAUAAGCCGAGUUCUUGGUUAGUUGAAAGCAUACUGACCGCUGUAUCAAGUAAUUCAAAAUCCAGCUGGGACCAAUCUGCACCCGCUCAUGCAUUUAUAAAAGUUGACACGAUAAAAGACCAAACACCUUUUCCGGAAGGUGGCAACAUCGUUAUCCAUGGAGACAGUUCGUUGAGAUUAUUCAAUCACACCGACAUCAACCAUCCUAGCUUCGACCCAUCAAAAUUCCUGAAGUCAGCGAGCAAUGAAAGUGUUCAAUCGGUGAAGGUGCAGCCGGUUUCAGGACAGCCAUAUUUCAUGUUUAUACCACCUGCUUUGUUAAAGAAUCAGACAUUCGAGACCGCAUUAUUUGGAAAAGUCAACAAAAGACGAAGAGUGAAACGACACCAUCCCAGUCCUAGUAUACAGAACGUUCUAGGAGAAUUGCAGAAUUAUGCACUCGUGCCAAUUAAAUCCAACAAUGGGCAGAUUAGAUACAUUUUGUUGAAAAAUCCAAAGUUUGUGAUCGGCAACCCAGCAGCAGCGAACAGGGGUGUGAGUGGUCAACCAGCUCCAGCUAUCAUACAGCUUAACUCUAAUCGCCCUGCACCGACCCCUGGCGGAAGGAUUAGAUAUACUCCACGUAACUCAGUCGAACCAGUGACCCAGCCGACGUUUAGGAGACUAUCCUCGGGACGACGCCCAGCUCCGGUUGCAGUUGCUACUCCCAUUGACUCAAUUUUCAAUACCCUAACUUCUCAAAUGUCAAGGUCAGACACGAGAAUAUCAGAAACAAAAUCCACGAAAACAACGAGAACAUCAUCAACAUUAACUGGCGGAAAAUCUAUACCCAGAAUUCCAUCAACAUGGAAAUUAUUAAAAGGUAACUCUGCUUCAAGUAAUCAGGCAACAAAUACAAUAGGAGGAACAAAUCUAAACAAGGAAGCCGGCACCAAGACACAGCAGAAUACAAAACUGUUUAGAGGAAGCAAUACUAAUCCUGAUUUCAGUUUAAACACUAACUCGAUCGGUAGAACAAAAAUAAUUUCAGGAAGCGAAACAAAUACAGCUCCAGCAGUCGGAAUAAAAACAGAUCCUAAUUUCCGUUUAAACACUAACUGGAUCGGCGAGACAAAUGUGAAUUCAGCUAGCGGAACAAGUACAGUUCCAGUUGUUGGAAUGAAAACAGAUCCUAUUUUCAGUUUAAAAACUAACUCGAUCAGUGGAACAAAUAUGAUUCCGGCUAGUGGAUCAAACACUUUUCCAUUUGUCGGAAUGAAAACAGAGCCUACUUUCAGUUUAAACAUUAACUCGCUCGGCGGAACAAAUACUUUUCCAGUUGACGGAAUGAAAACAGACCCUUAUUUCAGUUUAAACACUAACUCGAUCGGUGGACCAAAAAUGAUUCCAGCUAGCGGAACAAACACAGUUCCAGUUGUCGGAAUGAACACAGAUCCUAAUUUCAGUUUAAACACUAACUCGAUUGGCGGAACAAAUACAUUUUCAAGUGUCGGAAUGAACUCAGAUCCUAAUUUCAGUUUAAACACUAACUUGAUCGAUGGAACAAAUAUGAUUCCAGCUAGCGGAACAAAUACAGCUCCAGUUGUCGGAUUGAACACAGAUCCUAAUUUCAGUUUAAACACUAACUCGAAUGGCGGAACAAAUAUAUUUUCAAGUGUCGGAAUGAACACAGAUCCUAAUUUCAGUUUAAACACUAACUCGAUUGGCGGAACAAAUAUAAUUCCAGCUAGUGAAACAAAUACAGCUCCAGUUGUCGGAAUGAACACAGAUCCUAAUUUCAGUUUAAACACUAACUCGAUUGACGGAACAAAUAUAAUUCCAGCUAGUGGAACAAAUACAGCUCCAGUUGUCGGAAUGAACACAGAUCCUAAUUUCAGUUUAAACACUAACUCAAUUGGCGGAACAAAUAUGAUUCCAGCUAGCAGAACAAAUACAGCUCCAGUUGUCGGAAUGAAAACUGAUCCUAAUUUCAGUUUAAACACUGACUCGAUCGGCGGAACAAAUACAUUUUCAAGUGUCGGAAUGAUUUCUGACCCUAAGUUUAGUUUAAACACUAACUCGAUUGGCGGAACAAAUAUGAUUCCAGCUAGUGGAACAGAUACAGCUCCAGUUGUCGGAAUGAACACAGAUCCUAAUUUCAGUUUAAACACUAACUCGAUUGGUGGAACAAAUACAUUUUCAAGUGUCGGAAUGAUUUCUGACCCUAAGUUUAGUUUAAACACUAACUCGAUUGGCGGAACAAAUAUGAUUCCAGCUAGUGGAACAGAUACAGCUCCAGUUGUCGGAAUGAACACAGAUCCUAAUUUCAGUUUAAACACUAACUCGAUUGGUGGAACAAAUACAUUUUCAAGUGUCGAAAUGAACUCAGAUCCUAAUUUCAGUUUAAACACUAACUUGUUCGAUGGAACAAAUAUGAGUCCAGCUAGCGGAACAAAUACAGCUCCAGUUGUCGGAAUGAACACAGAUCCUAAUUUCAGUUUAGACACUAACUCGAUUGGCGGAACAAAUAUAAUUCCAGCUAGUGAAACAAAUACAGCUCCAGUUGUCGGAAUGAACACAGAUCCUAAUUUCAGUUUAAACACUAACUCGAUUGGCGGAACAAAUAUAAUUCCAGCUAGUGGAACAAAUACAGCUCCAGUUGUCGGAAUGAACACAGAUCCUAAUUUCAGUUUAAACACUAACUCAAUUGGCGGAACAAAUAUGAUUCCAGCUAGCAGAACAAAUACAGCUCCAGUUGUCGGAAUGAAAACUGAUCCUAAUUUCAGUUUAAACACUGACUCGAUCGGCGGAACAAAUACAUUUUCAAGUGUCGGAAUGAUUUCUGACCCUAAGUUUAGUUUAAACACUAACUCGAUUGGCGGAACAAAUAUGAUUCCAGCUAGUGGAACAGAUACAGCUCCAGUUGUCGGAAUGAACACAGAUCCUAAUUUCAGUUUAAACACUAACUCGAUUGGUGGAACAAAUACAUUUUCAAGUGUCGGAAUGAACUCAGAUCCUAAUUUCAGUUUAAACACUAACUUGAUCGAUGGAACAAAUAUGAGUCCAGCUAGCGGAACAAACACAGUUCCAGUCGUUGGAAUGAACACAGAUCCUAAUUUCAGUUUAAGCACUUACUCGGUCGGCGGAACAAAUAUGAUUCUAGCUGGCGAAACAAACACAGUUCCAGUUGUCGGAAUGAAAACAGAACCUAAUUUAAGCUUAAACACUAACCCGAUCGGCGGUACAAAUAUGAUUCCAGCUAGCGGAUCAAAUACAGUUCCAGUUGUCGGAAUGAAAACGGAUCCUAAUUUCAGUUUGAACACUAACUCGAUCGGCGGAUCAAAAUUAAUCUCAGCUGUCGGAACAAAUAGAGGUCCAGCUGUCGGACUGAAAUCAGAUCUUAAUUUCAGUUUAAACACUAACUCAAUCGGCGGAGCAAAAAUGAGACCAGCUAGCGGAAGAAGUAAAGUUCCAGUUGUUGGUCCAAUUCUUGGAUUGCAAACAAACGUAAUUAGUGGACCAAAUGGAAAGCCAAUUGGUCAGUCAAAGAAAACUAGCGUACAGUCGAAAUCGAGUUCCGUAGCUGCUGACAAAGUAACUUCUUCGGCUAGCUCUUUGACAAAAACUGCUGAUGGUUUAAAGGCUUCAGUUGCAGAUACAACUUUGGCUAAAAAAGAAGCGAAUGCAACUAACGUUAACCAAACUAACACUACGAAUAUAACGAUCACGAAAGUUGGAGAUAAACAUAAAAUUGAAAAGACAGAAAUAGUGGAAACAGUUGUAGAUAUUAAGAAAAAUGAAACAGCCACAAAAGCAGAUACAGCUUCUAGCAAAGUUAUUACCAAUGGUGUUGAACAUACUGGUGAGACAGGUCAUAGUCAUAGAGGACAUGGGGACCAUGGAGGACAUGGGGGCCAUGAGAACCACGGGAGCAGUAAUACCGUCUCCGCAAAUUCUGGAGCCGCAGAAAAAGCAACUGCAGAAAAGCAGGCACAAGUUGUAAAGAAAACUAAGAAAACUACUACAAUUCUCUUGAAAUCUGGUUCUGAAACUAAAUCAGGAAAAGCCGAAAUAUCUGAAAUUCAGCACACAGUUGAAGAACUGGUGCAUCAUAAUACAUCCGAAAUUGCAGCUGCAGAAAAAGCAGCAUCAGCAAAUGUUGAUACAUCAGCAGGAGAUGCACAUGCGUCUCACAGUCACUCACACGACCAUGCGCAUGAUCACUCACAUGACCAUGCUCAUGAUCAUUCACAUGAAACUCAUCCAGGGAAACAAGAAAAAAUUGCCACUGCAGACUCUACAAAGGAAACAAACAGUACAUCAACUUCUGUGAAAACAAAAUCUGUAAAACAAACGGUAAUUAAAAAAAAGAUUCCCGAUCCAAAUAAUCCAGUGAGUAGUAACCAAGUAUCCCCAUCUGGUGCGUCAUCGGAUACAGCAGCGACAUCUACAGGAGAGUUUGAUGUUCAACAUGUAGAACACGUGGUACAAGAAACAGAACAUAAGACUCAGCAAGAUACUUCUCAGACAUCCAAACACAAAGCUGAAUCAUCUGGUGGAAAAAAUAACCACGACCACCAUCAUCAUCAUCGCUAAGUUAGAAACUGAUCCGAUUUUAUCAAAGCUAGUGCUGGUGGGCUUUGAACUAGUGAUAUAGUUUUACCGCACAUCUGGUGGACAGGCGUUAGAUCAUUAGCCAUCAUGCGAAACAACAUACAAAUGAAGUGUGAUGCAGCUGUGAGAAAAUCUGGAAAGACAGAACUAACGUUUUACGUCUCAUGUGAAACAUGCGUUUAAACUGUUGGUAGAAGUAAAGAAACGAAACAGAACGAUACCUAUAAUGGUGAAAGGUGUUCUACGUGAACUAUUUUUAGCGGAGUAAUUGUUUUGAUCUGUCAAAGGUCGAUCCAGUCUCAUUCAAUGCCAAAAACGAUAAGAAUAGCACUAAAGGAUCAGCAAAAUUUGAUCAACGGUUUAAAUGUUGUAGAAGUCUACACCUAGACACAUUUGUUACUUAUUUUGACAAUAUGAUAUUUCUAUUGUUUGUUUUAAUUCAUAUUUAUUAUUAUAUUCGAUAAAUGACCGAUUCUACAAAAUGCGUACAUUUAUGCUGUAUAGCGUUGCCACUUUGUACAAGUAUGUUAGUUGAUAUGUUUGACGUUUUGUAAUAAUUCUCCCGCACUGAUGAGAUUAUAUAUGUACAGUUGCUUUUUGCAAUCACGUAAUCAUUGGAUUUGUUUUAGUUUCUUAAGUCUCAUGAUGUGGUUAAACAUAUAUUCUAAUAUGCUUGUUACUGUUACAACACGCUUACGCUAAAAUGACGUCACGUUAACGUGCGAUGAUGUCAAUGUUUUUGUUGCGACAAAGAAAUAGCGUUUCUAUAAUGUAUAUAUACUAUUUUAGAUUAAGGGCAUUUUAGAAUCGAAAUAAUGUACAAAUUAAUAUACUCAGAUCGGUUAUACGUUGCCAGAAGAAUUCUACGCCCUCGUGAAAUUAUUCCGCGGACGUAUAACCUCUUUCCGUGUAUUAAUAACGUUAAACCGUGUAUUGAUAGCUUUAAAACACGGUUUUCUAUACACUAUUUCUUAAUUUAACUACGAACAUCGAUAUGUUUAAGAGAACCACUUUUUUUUCUAAAGCACUUUAGUAAUUGCAUUAUUUCAUCCAGAGCAAUGAAUUGUAUUUUUCAUUCGAAUUUCGGUGUUAAUAAGAAAUUAAACUUUGCCCUUUUAUGAACUGUUUUUAAGUGGACAUUUGACAUGUAAAAAAGCUCAAUGGUCAUAAGUGACAUGAUAAAGGUAUGUCUAAAACUAUCUGAACACACUUUAAAUGUAAUAAAAUGUUGAUAUGUGGCAGAAAUGAAAAAAAGGCAAUACUUAUAGAUAGAUAUAGAAAAGGAACUGUACCAUUGUAUAAAGUUUUUUAUCUGAAUAUUUUCAAGUACAUUUAAAUGAAUGAAAAAUACAUCUUUAUUCAAUAAAUGAUUUAAGUACAAAAGGUCUAUUGUAAGGAAUUAUUCAAAGAAGUAAGACUUGCUUUGUUAUCAUGAAUGAAAUAUUUUACAAUCUAACUUUUAUGCUUGCACAUUUUUAGUAUCUUAGGAAAUAUUUUACAGAGAUAUUUCGAUUAUCUAUCUUUUAUGCUUGUACAUUUGGAUUAUCCUAUAAAAUAAUUAACAGAGCAAUUUCAAUUAUCUAUCUUUAAUGCUUGUACAUUUUGGAUAUAUUGUGAAAUAGUUUACAGAGAUAUUUCCAUUAUCUUUCUUUUACGCUUGUACAUUAUGAGUAACUUACUCAACAACUGUUGAUUGUUUUGCUUUCGUACCAAUUGGUGGCGUUUAACUGAAAGUGUUUCAGGUGUAAGAAUUAUCAAAUUGAAUACGGUUUUAUGUUACGAGAUUUUAAGUGUUUAAUAGUUUCAUGUUCGUGCUUACUCCUUUUGAACAUCCUUUUUAUUUUAAAGUGUAAAUCUGUGGCUGAUAUAUCAGGUAGCAUACCUUUCCGAUAACAAAUUAUUUUGAUUGUAAGGUUACACACUUUUGAUUACAAACUCCUACAAUUGUCGAAACACAUUUACUUUUCCUUAAACAAAAUAUUCAGAUGUUUAUAAAAGAUGGUCCAUUUUAGCAAUAGUCUUAACUGCGAUGUAUCAGGUCUAACUGGUACCAUUUUAAUGCUAUACCAUACCCCUAUGAAAAUCAUGAAAGGUCAGUAAGUAAGGUUAUCCAGGUUUGUCUAAAAACUUUGACAAGAACAUAAUUUACGCUGAAUGCCUCUGUGAUACGAAACAUUGAAAAAAUGUGAUUAGUGCACGGUGGAAGAUAAGUAAUCAGUUGUUCAAUUUGCAUAGUGUCCAUUUGCAGAACUGCGCAUUUUCGGUUAGAAAUGCUCAAAUUAUAUUGACCAGUAUAUUUUCCCAUUUGGUACCAUAUUUCUGAUGGCAUACCUAGGGUUAGAGUAUAAAACGAACAUGACCUUUUUUCUGGUCUGGUGCCAGUGACUUGUACAAGGGAAAUCAGUCUUUGCCAUAUGAUCUGAGGGCAGUUACAAUAUCCAAUACAAUGUAUCAAGAACCUGAUAUCAUUGUAUGCUAUGAAUUGAAUGCGUGCUACUAAUCGCUUAUAAGGUUUAACACGUACAUAGUACACACGACGUAAAUCUAUCUUGUUGGUAUAGACUUUUGACAGACAGUUUAUUUGAGAUUGAAGAUUCGAACAUUGAAUUGUUUUCUCAUCAGAUUCAUAACAUAUUGAUGAAUAUAUUAACAUUUUUUAGCAAAAUUGCUGCCAAUUUAUGUUCAAUUAUGUCAACGACAUAUAUUGUCUGUAGUAAAAUAUGAAUAAAGAAAUAUGUUUAUAAGAAUGCAAUUGUUAUACGUAUUGUGGUUACAUUUAGCAUUAAUGAUAUGGCUUUUCUAACAUCAUUUUCACAAUUGUCUGUCAUAACUACGGUUGUUUUAAGUGAUAGUUUCAAAAUGCUCUUUCGGUGGAUUGCCUUUUGUACAUGUCAUUUCAUAACUAUAGAUAUAUGUGAAUGUGUAAAUAAUGUCUUAUAUAAUGCUUAUAUCUAUAUAUUUAUUUUGCAUGCAUGGUUUUUCGUACUUAUAUAAAUUUAUA